UUAGUUUAGCUCCGAGAUCUUUGUUUGUUUGUCUCGGGAUCCCAUCGGAAGUGAAGUGAAGAGACAGCCAAGUUUCACAUGCUAGCUUUCAUAAUUAUAAGUUUAAAAGCAAUGCCCACUUGAAAUAGCUCAUUCAAUUUGUUUGUUUAAUCAUUUGCUUGCAAACAAGGACCAGAAACAAGUGGCGGCUAUGAAAUUCCCAUUCUACACGUUUAAUUUAAAAGCAUAGCAAUUGGGUUUCAUAUUUGAGAUAGAGAAACAGAGUCAUCAAUGGCGAUUGAGGAGUGGAAGGAGCUUGAAAAUGGCGAUCAUGGGGAUUUGCAGAACCCAUUGAUGCCAACACAGGAAGAACAACAACAAAAUGGAAGCCUUCAAAUGCUUUAUCUUAGUACCUUCGUUGCUGUUUGUGGCUCGUUUCAAUUCGGAUCAUGUGUGGGAUAUUCAGCGCCAGCUCAAGCAGCAAUAAGGGAAGAUCUAAAUUUGUCUCUAUCUGAGUAUUCUAUGUUUGGUUCUAUACUUACCAUUGGAGCAAUGUUUGGAGCUGUAACAAGUGGGAGAAUUGCUGAUUAUAUUGGUCGUAAAGGGGCAAUGAGAAUGUCGGCUUAUUUCUGUAUAAUAGGAUGGAUAGCAAUUUACCUUUCGAAGGAAUCUUUGUCACUGGACAUUGGAAGGGUGCUCACAGGAUAUGGCAUUGGAGUCUUCUCUUAUGUGGUUCCGAUAUUUAUAGCCGAAAUAGCUCCCAAAAAUCUUCGUGGAAGGCUUACAACCCUAAAUCAGCUAUUGAUUGUCACUGGUUCGUCGGUUGCUUUCUUACUCGGAACGAUUGUAACAUGGAGAACACUUGCUCUCUCAGGACUUAUACCAUGCACUACCCUUCUUGUGGGUCUUUUUUUUGUUCCGGAGUCCCCUAGAUGGCUUGCAAAGGUUGGGCAAGAGAAGGAGUUUCUAAGUGCAUUGCAGAGACUUAGGGGCACAAAUGCUGAUAUUUCAACCGAAGCUGCUCAGAUUCAAAUUGGGGUGGGACUGAUGGUGUUCCAACAAUUUGGAGGGAUCAACGGGAUAGGUUUCUUCGCAAGUGAAACCUUUGCCUCAGCGGGUCCAUCAGCAGGCAAAAUUGGGACCAUUGCUUAUGCUUGUAUUCAGGUUCCAAUUACCGUGGGUGGUGUAAUUCUAAUGGAUAAAUCUGGAAGAAGGCCACUUAUUAUGGUAUCUGCAGCUGGGACUUCUCUUGGUUGCUUCCUUGCCGGAGCGUCUUUCUUUCUCAAGAGCCAUGGUUUGCUGCUCGAGUUCGUGCCCGUGCUUGUGGUCGUCGGAGUGUUGAUAUUCAUUGCAUUUUUCUCAAUUGGAAUGGGAGCAGUUCCUUGGGUGAUAAUGUCUGAGAUAUUUCCAAUUAAUGUGAAAGGAAUUGCUGGGAGCAUAGUGGUGUUGGUGAACUGGUUAGGUGCUUGGGUUGUCUCUUUUACCUUCAAUUUCUUCAUGAGCUGGAGUUCUUCUGGGACAUUUUUCAUUUACUCUCUAAUAUCUUUGAUGACAAUUCUAUUCGUGGUCAAGUUGGUCCCAGAAACCAAAGGAAAAACCCUAGAAGAAAUUCAAGCAUCCAUUGAUUCCCAAAGGGACAUUUAAGUAAUUUU